ACAGACUAUUUAUGUUUAUAAAAUAAAUAUUUUUUCAUAUAUUACUAAAUACAAGCGAGCAUUUAACUCAUAAUAAUUUAAAUAGGCCAAAUUGAUGUAUUUUAGCAAAAAUAAUCGUAUAUAUAAAAAUAAAAAAAGAAGGGAUGAAAACUGAUAGUUUUGGAGGGAGCCAGCUAAAAUGCACUGUGAUAAAAUAUUAAUAGAAGAAAGACCCCACGGGUGGGCUUCAGCUUCUGCAAACAUUUAUUUAUCUUUUUGCGUUUGGUCCCCACUUGCCUCCACCACUUGGACCCUUCCCCUCUCUCUCUCAUCCUCUUUUUUUUUCUGUCUAGCCCCCACACCUAUUCUCCCUCUCCAAAGACAGCAGUCAACCACAAAGAAGAGAAGAGGAGAGGAGAGGGCAAAGAGAGCAAGCCCCACCAAUUCCUUCCACUUGCCUCUAAAGACUUUGCAUCAAAAUUAACUUGUUUUGCUCCUCUCUCCCUCUCUUGAUUCUUCAAUUGCAUGAUUGGGAAGAUUUUCUUGAACAACCUUCCCCCAGAAAAAUAAAAAACCCUUGCCCCCCUCUCUCUCUCUCUCCUCCCCCCAAAAACAUGGAAUUUAUGGAGACACACGCCAAAAAUCAAGGAGCCAAUAGUAAUCCCAACCCGGACCGCCACCGCGAACCACCCUCCUCCCUCCAGCUCGUCUCCCCCCACCACCUCCACCUCCACCACCACCUCCAAAGUCAAACCGAACCCGGUUCUGGGUCCGGCCCAGCCCCACCCCAUGGUCCAUUAAUGGGCUCCAUCUCCCUCCAACAACCAAGAAACUUAGCCCACUCCCCUUCCUCCUCCUCCGCCACCACCACUGCAAUUGUCGCUACCGCCAACAACAGCAAUAGCGAUGAGAACAACAACAACAACAAUACUUCUGCCACCAAUAAGGUCGCCAAGAAGCCCUCCAAGGACCGCCACACCAAGGUGGACGGCCGCGGGCGGCGCAUACGGAUGCCCGCCCUAUGCGCCGCCCGAGUCUUCCAGCUGACCCGGGAAUUGGGCCACAAAUCCGACGGCGAAACAAUCGAGUGGCUCCUCCACCAGGCCGAACCGGCCAUCAUCGCCGCCACCGGAACCGGGACAAUCCCAGCCAACUUCUCCACCCUCAACGUCUCGCUGCGCAGCAGCGGUACCACCAUCUCGGCGCCGCCGUCCAAGUCCGCGCCUCUCUUCCUCGGCGGUGGCGCCGGCAUGCUGGGGUUCCACCACCAGCUCACCUCCAACUCCCAUUUCGGGCAAGACCCGGAUGAGAAUUACCUCAAGAAACGAUUCAGGGAAGACACCAGCGGCGCCACCUCCCCUAAACCAGCUAGAACCAGCGUCCACGAUCAAGAACCGGGCCCGGAGCACAAACCCGGUUCGUCCCAGCCCUCAAGCUACAUCCCGGCCCCCGCCAUGUGGGCGGUGGCCCCUGCUGCCGCCAACGUGGGGAACGCCUUCUGGAUGCUCCCCGUGACGGGGAGCGCAGCCACGACAGCAGCGGGGCAGCCGGAGUGGCAGUAUAAAACCUCCUCGGCGCAGAGAAUCGGCGGGUUCGAGUUCCCAGGAGCCGGCCGGUUCAGCCCGGUUCAACUCGGGUCGAUGGUGCUGCAGCAGCCGCAGCCGCCGGUACAUCAGCUCGGUUUGGGCGUCACUGAAACUAAUAUGGGAAUGCUGGCGUCUAUGAACGCAUACAACAAUAACAACAACAACAACCACAAUAGAAUCGAUCUCGGCAUGAAUUUGGAGCACCACCACCACCACCAGCCGCAACAAAGCGACAGCGGCGACGAAACCCCCAAAGAUUCACAAUAGUAAAACAAAUCUUCAAGAGUUUGCACCACCCUUGCAAUAUUUUCAAUGCUUGUAGUAUUUUUUUGUACCUUUUCAAUUUUUAUCAUAGCUUAGAGUAAAAAAAAAUUAAGAUUUGUGUGCAUACCUAUUUGUUUUUCCUUUUUUAACUAUUGUCGGCUUUGCUAAGUACUUAAGUUUUUCACCACA